CGCAAAAAGGAAAACCCGCAAAUAUCCGAAACGCCACGUUUCGUACGUUCCAGGGGGCCGUGGGCAACGCAGACCGCGGGUCAAUCAUUGGACGUUUCAGGAGGCGAAACUUUCGCAUUCAAUCGUCGUUUUUGACAAUUUGGGGCUUAGGGUUUUUGGGAGGGAGCGAAAUUAGAUUGAAUAAAUUGCAGUCGAUUUCGGAUUUUGAUCCCAAAAUCUCAAGCUGCAUUGGGUUCUGGCGCCUUCUUCUUCUCCUUCCCAAUUGCAAUCUUCGUAGCUUUCGCAUUCAGAAGUCGAAUUAUUGCCGCCGCAACACUUCCAUCUGAUUUUUUUUCUUUUUCCUUUCAAAGGUGUUUUGACUUGUCGUCACGGAGAUUUUCGGGCCUGUUAUGACUUCUAGAUUUGAUUAGAACUCGAAGGGUCAGCUGCAUUGGAUAUUGUUUGUCCAAAAUGUCUUCAUCUCCUCGCGAAAAGCCUUCUCCUGCUACUGAGAGCUUGAGUGAGCAGCAUGAGAGUGUAUUGAGACUUGAGGAGGAUGAGGGUGAAGAUGAGGACGAAGAAGAAGAUGUAGAUUUCAAUCCUUUUUUAAAAGGAACUCUUUCGCCAGAAGCUUCCUCUAGUCUGAGCUCUGAUGUAGAAGGUUUAGAUGGUGAAGUUGUUGACAGCAGCAGAAACACUGUUGAAACUGCCAGGAUUAAUUCGUUGAUCGUGGCUUGUGAGGCACAAAAGUGUUCUGUCGGGGACCCAGAGCAUGGGGAGGAAGAAACUGUGAUGCAAACUACUGUUUCUCCUGACGGUGCAUCUGCAAAUGAGUUUGAAAAGACUGCCAGAAAUUCUAACAGUGAAGCUGUUCAAGAAAAGGAUGAAGUCUCAAGCAGGGAAACUGAUGCUAAUGAUGCUAUAGUAGGAGAGUUGAGUAACACAGAAGACGUCCCAAAGCUUACUGUGGACUUAGAUGAUGAGGAUGAAGAUGCUAUCUGUAAACGCACCAGGGCCCGCUAUUCAUUAGCAAGUUUCACACUUGAUGAACUUGAGACUUUUCUUCAAGAAACAGAUGAUGAGGACGACCUCCAAAAUGUUAACGAUGAAGAAGAAUACAGGAAAUUCCUCACUGCUGUUUUACAGGGUGAAGGUGACGAGCAGUCAACUAAAGAAAAUGAAAAUGCUGAUGACGAAGAUGAGGAUAAUGAUGCAGACUUUGAGAUAGAACUUGAAGAGUUACUUGAGAGUGACGGGGAUGAGAAUUCUAGGGACAAAAGUGUAGAUGAGAAUGGGGAAGCUGGAAGACGACCAAAGACUAGGCAGAAUAAGUGUCAAAAAGAACCUGCCCAGUGUAAGAAGAAGAAUUUAGGACAGACAAAAAGGCCAUUGCGCCCCCUUCUACCAGUUUUGCCAAAGGGACCAAUGUCCUGUUUCUCUCAUCAGGCCGGCAGAACUUUAAUGCGCGGAACAGCUUCAAGCUGUUCGUCUUCCACAGUAUCAGAACGUUCUAUAAAUGGAUUCACUGCCCACCAGAUUGGCCAGUUGCACUGCUUGAUCCAUGAACAUGUGCAGCUACUUAUUCAAGUAUUUUCUCUAUGUGCCCUUGAUUACUCUCGGCAACAUAUUGCCUCCCAGGUUAAAAAAUUGAUCUCUGAGAUGCUCCAGAAGCGUGACGAAGUACUGACAUGGAAAAAUGUACCGUAUCCUACUGUUUGCUUUUUCCCAUCAGUACCAACUGAAUUCCCUAAUUCCUACACAACACAAAGGUCCUUAGCAUCAUCCCUCACAUUUGAUGCACGUAGAGACUGUUCCUUGAAUAAUCAUAUGGCAGUUUCCCCAAAUAUUUCUCCUUCCAAUGGUAGACGUGAAGGUGUUCCUAAUGGGCAGGUGGGCAUUUCCCAGAAUAUUGGGGGUUCUUUCUGGGUGCCCUCUGUAAGUGGUCCUGUGCUAUCUGUCUUGGAUGUAGGUACACUUAGUUUAGUUGGAAGAUACAUGGAUGAAGUCAAUACAGCUGUUCAGGAAAAUCGACGGUGUUACGUGGAAACUAGUUCCGAUACUCGCCUUGAAAAGGAGCCUUUGUUUCCCUUUUCUAGCUUUCAAUUAGGUGGUCUGGCCAAUUGCGAAUCUGUAAGUGGAACUGGUUCCUCAGCUUCCAAUGUGGCUCCAUCUUCAUCUAGUCAACGACCACCCAAGAAGUCACUGGCUGCUACCAUUGUUGAAAGCACCAAGAAGCAAUCACUUGCUUUAGUUCCAAAGGACAUAUCAAAGUUAGCCCAGAGGUUUUUUCCUUUGUUCAAUCCAGCAUUAUUUCCCUAUAAACCACCCACAGGAGCAGUCGCAAACCGGAUACUUUUCACUGAUGCAGAAGAUGAAUUAUUAGCAUUGGGGAUGAUGGAACAUAAUACGGAUUGGAAGGCAAUUCAACAACGCUUUCUUCCUUGCAAAACUAAGCACCAGAUUUUUGUUAGGCAGAAAAACCGCUGCUCAUCAAAAGCACCAGAAAAUCCCAUAAAGGCAGUAAGGAGGAUGAAAAACUCACCUUUGACUGCGGAAGAGAUAGCAUGUAUUCAGGAGGGACUUAAGGCUUAUAAAUAUGAUUGGUUGUCCAUAUAAUUCAUUGUCCCACAUAGAGAUCCAUCCUUGUUGCCUCGGCAGUGGCGUAUUGCUAUUGGGACUCAGAAGUCAUAUAAAGUUGACGAGUCAAAAAAGGAGAAGAGACGAUUAUAUGAAUCAAAAAGAAGGAAGGAAAAGAAUGCAGAUUUGACAAGUUGGCAAAAUUCAUCCGAGAAAGAGGACUGCCAAGCUGAAAAGUCUGGUGGAGAGAACAGCGCAGAUGGUUUGACUGACAAUAAUGCAGGUGAAACUUAUGUUCAUGAGGCCUUUUUAGCAGAUUGGAGACCGGGUACUUCCUGUGAAGAAAGAAACCCUCAUAGUGGUACCCUAUCACAAGGUGCUAUCCAUGAAUGGGUAAAUGUUUUUGGGCAGAAGGAAGCUCCUCGAACCCAGACCGUGUCACAGUAUCCGCAUGGUCAAUCUCAAAUCACUGGUGUUAGACAUUUUGCAUCCGGUACCACACCAGCGAAUCAUUCUGUUUCUCAACUCUAUUAUCGGCCGUAUCGAGCUCGUAGAACCAAUGGUGCACAACUAGUUAAGUUAGCACCGCAAUUGCCUCCUGUGAAUCUUCCACCGUCUGUUCGUGUAGUCUCACAAUCUGCCUUCAGAGGUUCUUUACGUGGGGCAUCUUCCACAGUUUCUGCUUCUGGAGGUGGUAGUGGUGCUGCUGCAACACACAAUCUUUUUUCUCAACCUUCUAAAGCUGGAAGGUUUGGGACCUCUGAUGCCAUAACAGCUUCACAUGCUAAAAGUAGUUCUCUGAAAGACACUGUUUCAACGUUGUGUCCAGAAGAUUCUAGAAUUAUCAAGGAUAAAUGUGUAGAGGAAGGAAGAGAUGUUGAUUCUGAUCUUCAGAUGCAUCCUCUGCUGUUCCAGGCCCCUGAAGAUGGACGUCUGCCCUAUUUCCCGUUGAACUGCAGAAACAGCAAUUCCAGUACUUUCAGUUUUCUUUCAGCAAAUCAGCCUCAGCUACAUUUAAGCCUUUUUCAUAAUCCUCAUCAAGGAAACCAUGUUGAUGGUUUUGACAAGUCACUGAAGACACCCAACUCAACAUCUCGUGCCAUUGAUUUCCAUCCACUUAUGCAAAGAACUGACUGUGUAAGUAGUGCCACAGUAACAACAUGCUCAACCGCACCCCUGUCUGUCGGUUCAGGAGGAAACCAUUCUCAAGAUCAAUAUCCUUCCGCUACUGGUCGACUUCAUUUGCCAGUCAAUGCUGAUUCACAGUCUAUGGCCACUAAUGAGAAAGCUAAUGAACUGGACUUGGAGAUCCACCUAAGUUCUACAUCCAAAAAGGAAAAACCUUCAAAAAGGAGAGAUGUCGCUGCAAAUAAUUCCAUUAGAUCAAGAAUAAUGGCGCCAGAGAUGAUAACUCAAUGUGCUAAUCGUCCAUUGCUUCGGCAUGCUGAAAAUUCUUCAGCAAGUGGCAGCGAACUUGUUAUACCAAGUAAUGAUAUCAGCAGGUACAGUAUAGAUGAUAUAGGUGACCAGUCUCAACAUGAUAUCCAGAUGGAACAGGAAGAGUUGAGCGACUCUGAUGAAGAAAUGAAGAAACGAAGAAAAUGUUGAGUUUGAGUGUGAGGAGAUGACUGAUUCUGAAGGAGAGGGGGGAUCGGCAUGUGAAGAAGUUGCUGAGAUGCAAAAUAAGGAUGUUCCAACGUAUGCGAUGAAAAGACCUGCAACAACAGAUCCUGAUGGCAAGGAGUGUGAGCCAAAUGCCACUUAUCAUCCUCAGGACAAUAUUCACAGAAUUCCUAACUUGGACGAUGCCAGUAAUUCUUCCUGGCUAAGUUUGGAUUCGUGUGCACCAGAUCGCCCUCUGCACAUGAUGUCUAAGUACGAUGAAGGUACAAUGGACAGCAGUUUUUCUGCCAAUGACUCGCAGUCAUCUCGUCCUCUUCGCUCUUGUAAGAAAGCGAAACUAAGCAGAAGGGAAGGUGCAACACCGAAACCAGCUGUGGACAUGACGCACCAACUGAGCCUGGGUCCUCCAUCAAAUCCAACUGCGAGGAAACCCAAGAAGCGUGUAUCGAGAGCCAGUACAUGUUUGAACAUAGGAUUGACUGUAGAAAACUCCGGCAGUGAUGGCUAACAUAAAAGAUUUUCAAAUGUUUAUGCACCCUUACUAACCCUAGUUUCUAGUUUGAGUAGUGUAUAAAUGAUCUCUUACUUCUUGGACGCCAACCCAUUUCAGCCAAGUGGCGUCCAACAUUUUGUUCAUGUCAAGGUAUGUAGUUAUCUUUCCAAGGCACCAAAUUUUGAUGUUAUUUGUACAAACUAGACAACUUGUGUCAUUGGGUCAAUUGAUAUUCUCUCCUAUACUGAUGACA